CCGGGCAUCGCUCCCAUAGGAUCGCUCCUGCCAUGCGCAAUGUGGAAUACGCCGGUGAACCGGAAACACUAUGCAACACUCGGGGUCAAAUCCUCUUUUCAAGCCGCCUGGGAUCUUGAACUCUCGCGGAAACAGGUAUGCCCAGCCAGGCCACAGAUACGGUACCGUCCACGGAGCGGGAGAUGCAACAGACUCAAGUGGAAACCGGCUCUGGCACGGAAUCAGACAGCGAUGAUUCCAUACCGGAACUGGAGGAGCCGGACUCGACACAAACACGGACGCAGCAAGCGCAGCUUGCAGCAGCUGCAGAGAUUGACGAGGAACCCGUUAGCAAAGCCAAGCAAAGCCGAAGUGAAAAGAAGGCGCGCAAGGCGAUGUCCAAGCUGGGUCUGCGACAGGUGACAGGGAUAACCAGGGUGACCAUCCGGAAAUCAAAGAACAUCCUCUUUGUCAUCACUAAGCCAGAUGUUUACAAGAGUCCUGCAUCAGACACCUAUAUUGUUUUUGGGGAAGCCAAGAUCGAGGACCUUUCACAGCAGGCCCAGCUGGCAGCAGCGGAGAAGUUCAAGGUCCAAGGCGAAGCGGCCUCAAGUACCCAGGAGAAAACGCAGACACCCACCGUGCAGGAGGAGAGCGAAGAGGAGGAGGUUGAUGAGACUGGGGUGGAGGUGAAGGACAUUGAGCUGGUGAUGUCUCAAGCGAAUGUGUCUCGGGCAAAGGCUGUACGCGCCCUUAAAAACAACAACAACGACAUUGUCAAUGCCAUCAUGGAGCUGACUAUGUAGACGCAUCGACUUGAGUCAUGGUGUUUCAAGAACUUGAUGAAUCUACACCACGUUUUUGUAUUAUUUAUAACCUCGUGACUUCUGACCUCCCCAUAUCUGGGUUUCUCUUAGGGCAAUUGCUCUGAUCUGUUUUUCACAAAAAAAAACUGCUCACAUUAGUGUCCUUGGCUUAAAGAGAAAAUGCACUCUGCAGUCACAUCUGAAAUCAACACACCCAAGAAGGAUGUUCACACCCUUAUUUUCUUUAGCCUUUUUUCCUAUUAAUUGUGCUGUGUUUUAUAAUAGUCAUGUCCAUUGUGGAUUGACAGAAUAAACACUGAAUGUAACAGUU